AUGGGUACUUUUGACAACAAAACGUUCCGGUCCAAGCGCCAGCAGGCGGCUUACGAGCGCACUUUCAUGGGAAAGUACCAGUCGCUCAUCAAGAAAAACUCGUUUCUGUAUCUGGGACUGCCGAUGAUGCUGUCUGUGGCGUUUGGCUCGGUCAUCUUGUCCAAGUUCACCGCAUUGAGAUACGAACAAAGAGACGAGAAAGUGAAGGAGCUGGACGAGCAGCAGGCGAUGGACCUGGUGACGAAAAAACGCAAGGUCGACAUCAAGGAGGAAUACUACAAGUUGCAAGGACUGAUGGACCAGCACGAGAACUGGGAACCGAAACGAGUCGAACGACUUCCUGGGGAAUCCGACAACGUUUGGUGA